CUGCCGCCGUUAAUAUUUGUCGGCGCAGGUCUCUGAUCAAACGAAGCAAAAGAAUUUUUUUCAACUAAACGCCCAAAAAAUUACAAUUUUUUGUUAAUAAAAUUUUAUUUACGCAAAUAUUUAAAAGUUAAAAACAUUCCAAUUAUUAAGAGAAUUCUGCAGUAAAUUAUUAAAAAAGCAAAAUAAAUAUGAACUUUUUGGGGUUUGGACAAUCGGCCGAAAUCGAUAUUGUUUUCGAUGGUGCUGAAAACAAAAAAAUGACUGAAGUCAAAGGAGAAGAUGGUAAAAUUGAAAAAAUGUUGCUUUAUUAUGAUGGUGAAACAGUGUCCGGCAAGGUAAAUGUAACACUUAAAAAACCCGGUAGCAAAUUGGAACAUCAAGGUAUUAAAAUUGAAUUUAUCGGUCAGAUAGAACUCUUCUAUGAUCGCGGCAAUCAUCAUGAGUUUAAAUGUUUAGCAAAAGCUCUAGCACGCCCUGGAGAUCUCAUUCAAUACAGUAGUUAUCCCUUUGAGUUUCCAAACGUAGAGAAACAAUUUGAAAUCUACAAUGGAUCGAAUGUACGUUUACGCUACUUUUUACGUGUCACCAUAGUACGUCGCAUCAGCGAUAUCACAAAGGAAGUUGAUAUCGCUGUUCAUACACUCUGCAGUUAUCCGGAUGUAAAUAAUCCCAUCAAAAUGGAAGUGGGUAUUGAAGAUUGUCUGCAUAUUGAGUUCGAAUACAACAAGAGUAAAUACCAUCUGAAGGAUACGAUCAUUGGUAAAAUAUAUUUCCUGUUGGUGCGCAUUAAAAUUAAACACAUGGAAAUCGCUAUUAUAAAACGCGAGUCAACUGGUAGUGGACCGAAUGUGUUUACGGAAAACGAAACAAUUGCCAAGUUCGAAAUAAUGGAUGGAGCACCUGUUAAGGGUGAAAGUAUACCAAUACGUGUAUUUUUGGCCGGCUACAAUCUUACGCCCACAAUGCGGGACAUCAAUAAGAAAUUCUCAGUAAAGUAUUUUCUCAAUUUGGUGUUGAUGGACACGGAGGAUCGUCGUUACUUUAAACAACAGGAAAUAACACUGUGGCGUAAGGCUGAUAUACCACGGUAUCAUGCCCACAAUCAACCACAACAAGCUGCUGUUGCGGGUCAUAAUACUCAUCCUCAGCAUGCUCCCCCACAUUUGGUUAGUGGCCCUCCAGCUCCUGUUGCAGCACCUCAUUUAACUAACAGCGAUCCGAAUGUAAAUGUCAAUGCAGUCGGAGUAGCUGCGGCGGCAGCAGCAGCCUCAACAGAAGCCUCGUUGUCAUCUGAAGGCAAAAUGGGUCUCUUCACAAGAGAAAGUCCUAAUCAGGAAUUCAGUCAACAGUCGCAGGAGUCACUACCUACAUCGCCCAUAACACCGACUGCAAUGCCAAUCGAACGAGGAAUGGGAGAUGGUGCAGCUGCAAUUAGCACUUCACCAGUUAUGCUUUCUACAACGCCACCGCCUCUGCCAGCAGCGACAGCAGCCAAUGCUUCGGUGAAUGAAAACAAACAAGAAGUCGCCGCUGAUUUCCUAGAACCAACCACGGAGGUUCCCUUGAACGAUGAUGAUGAAGAGGAUGGAAACAACGUUAAUAAUGAUACAGAUGAUAAGCCUCAAGUGGUGCCAGUAGCUUCAAGUGAUUUCUUAGAUAGUGAUGAUGCCGUUACAAGUGGAGCCUGAUGUUAUGGUCCUAAUUGAGUCAUUCUUUAUAUACGACUACAACAGCAACCAGAGUCGUAUAAUUAUUGUAUCAAGUGCUUAACUUAAAAAGUGAAAGUGUAACGAAACCCGACAUUUAUACAGAGAAAAUAGACACCCACAUACACACAACAUCCUCAUAAACUCAUCCUGACACUCAAUAUUAUUAUUAAGGGCUUCUUUAAACAAAACGAACAACUAAAAUAAAAACAAUAUUAACAUUUGCAAAAGAAACAAGUCUAAAGGCAAACAAAUAUUUGCCAUUUUUAAAAUAAACUUUUGGAGUUGUCUGUCCAAAGUGGAGAAAACAUAAACUAAAUAUCGAAAAACUAUUUAUUUUCAAAGGUCCAUAGAUUGUAAAAAGUAUUAAAAUAUUUUGUUGUUAUUUUGUAGACAAAACUUAACGAUAAAUUCAAAACAUGUACACAAACAUACAAAAAAAUACAUAUUAAUACUAAAUUAAAAUUGUUUAAAUUGUUUAGACAAUUAACUUUUAUUAGCGACUAACAAAAAUACAAAUUUGAGCCCUUUAGUAUAACUCACCAUCACAGUCCACAGUUCACCCUCUAGCUGUUUUACUCCCCAAUUAAUUACGAGGUAUAGUAAAAAAGUUAGAAAUCUAAUCUAUUUUUUGUCGCACUUGUUUGUCUAGAUCAAUUGUUUUCUUUUUAUUAUUUUUAACACAUAAAAGUUUCCUUCUUUGUUUUCAAAAUAAAUUUCUCCCAUUCCCUGUUUAUAUUUGUUUUUUGUAUUUAAAUAUUUUAUUAUCAUUAUUUUUAUAAUUAUUGCAUUGCAAAUAUACAUAAAAAAAACGAAAAACAACUUACAUACAUACGUACAUGCUCUGAUGUAGGUACUAAAUAAAUUAAUAUAAAUAUUGUAAAAUUUCUAUCUAAAUAUUCCGAAAUUCUAUUGACCCUGUUUAAAACCCAUUUCAAUUGCAAUUAAUUCGAUGUGAACUUUAUUUUAUAAGAAAAUAUGAAGUGAGAAGAUAGAACCUUAAAAAAAACAAUGCGUUACGCAAUUAUAAAAACAAAAAAAUAAGAAUAAAAAUUAAUAAUGAAAAUCACAAAUUUGUAAGAAAUCAUUAAAGCGAUUAGCGAAUAUUAUUUUCAAGUAAUGAAACAAAAUAGAAUUAAACAACAAAACAAAUACUAAAUCAAUAUUUUUAUUUCGAUAGUUUUUAAGAUAAUACAAAUGAGAAAAUAAAUCAGAAACAAACAGAAAACAAAAACAACAACAAAACAAAUGAUAUAUUCAAAAUAUAUUAUGUAUUAACCAAGUUAUUUAAAAUUUAAAUAAAAAAACAAUAAAACUAAA